AUGUCUGCCAUCACGAUCCAGCCGCCACUCUCCCGACGCGGUCACGGCCCCGGCCUCAUCAUAUUGAUUGAACAAGGGAUCGAUCUGACCAAGCAUGAUGAGAUCUUGGAUCCUCCGCCGGCUCAGAAAUGGGCCGAAGAGGGUUAUGCAAUCGCUCAAGUUGUUGUAACGCCUGAAGACAACCAAGUUGCCCAGAACGUCAGUUCUGCAAUCGAAAAACUCAGAGCCCUCGAUAGCUGUGAUGACAAGUACAAGUUCGGUGUUAUCGCCUGUCUUGCCGCACCGUCUCCGCAUGUUGUCAAAGCAUUGGAGAAGUAUCCCGAAAUCAAGGCCGCUGUAUUCUUCAACUUCUCUCAGUCUCUUAACAUUCCCACUCUAUCACAUCUUAUCGGGGCCGAAAUCGACAUCCCUCAGACAAACCCACCAUCCAAAGCAUACUCUUAUGCCUCAACUCGGGCAGGCGAAUUCUUUUUAAUCCCGAGACACCCCAAUUUCAAUGCCAAUGCUGCCGGUUUAGCCCAUACCCGCACGUUGACUUUUUUGAAACCCAUCCUCGGAGGGCCCUAUUUCGAUCUUGAGGCUGUCUGGGAAGAGCACACUCUCUUCGAGUUUGGAGAACGAAAUGUCGAGAAAACCAUGGCCACCAUGGUGGAGCAGCCCUAUGAGGUCAACCACAUCCCUACGCUCACUGGCGGUAUAGGUCGAGCCCAUCUUUCCAGCUUUUACAGAGAUCAUUUCGUCUUCAACAACCCCGAUGACACUGAGCUGGAGUUGGUAAGCCGUACAAUCGGCAUUGAUCGAGUGAUCGACGAGUUUGUUUUCAAGUGUACCCACGAUAGGGUCAUAGACUGGCUCCUUCCCGGGGUUCCACCAACUGGAAAACACCUUUCCAUCCCAUUCACCAGUGUUGUCAAUGUCCGAGGAGACCACCUCCAUCACGAGCACAUUGCAUGGGACCAGGCAACCGCAUUGCGCCAGCUCGGUCUGCUUCCGGAGUAUCUUCCCUUCCCAUACCAAACCAACGGUAACGGCCCGUCUAGUGGUAAAAAGUUCGAGUACCGGUUGCCCGUGGCCGGCGUGGAGUCUGCGCAGAAGCUUGUGGACGAGGGCGCGGUUAAGUCGAAUAGUAUGUUUGAAUACAGGACGAGAGAAGUCGACGCUUAG